GAUGUACACUAUAGCCGCCUCGGUCUGUGCAUCAUUCACGGAAUUCAAAGGUCUUGGCCCCUUGCAGCAUCAUGUGCUUGGGGUUAAGGUUGACACCCCCUUGUCGGCUUGUCGCCUUUCAACCUUCAUAACCCUCGUCGGCGAAGAAUCGGAGAACCGACGCCGGCAAUGUCGUGAAGCCCGACAUUGAGAAUAUGCCUCGAGGACAGGCAAGAAACCAUCGUUUCUAUGACACGGCUAAAAAUAGAAUUGCUGUGACUGAUAUGGCCUACCAUACGUCGUCCACGCCCUUUCGUUGACAAGGGUCGGCCCAAGACUGGAAAUAGUGGAUUGAGUCACUUGCAAAGGAUUCGGGCCAUCACUCCUAUGACUCCAGAUAUAAAACCCAUCGGGCCUUGCCACACGAACACAGGUAAUUCACCACUCGCUACAGUCCCUCACGUUCAGCUUUGAAUCAAAAUGACGGCCUCAACGGAGUCGCCAUCCACCGCCCCCUCGGCCCCCCUCGCCGACGAAAAAGUCGCCAUGCUCAACACCAAUGAGGCCGUCGCGACUUCCCAACUCCCUAGUCCUCCUCUCCAGGGCCGUAUCAACGCCGACAUCUCCAUCGCUCCAGCUUCCCUUGCCGAAGACGAUGCCUUCGUCCACAGUCUAACCAACCUUAUCAAUGAGAUCUAUACCGACGCCGAGCGCGGUUUCUGGUCCAUCGAUCCCUUCACCCGCACCAACCCGGCCGAAGUCCGCUCCUUCAUCACCAGUGGGGCCCUAGCCAUCGCAUGGCUCCCGGGGUACUCACGGCCGCCGCGCAUUGAGUACCUGCUGGGCUGCGGCCGCGUGCAACUCCUCCACUCCCCUUCCGAGGCCGACUCUCGCACCACUGCGCAUUUCAGCCCCGACCCGGAUACAGCAAUCGGACAGUUUGGAUGUCUGAUAUGCCGUCCUGAAUACCGAGGUUCCGGAGUGGGGAGGGACCUUCUCAAGUUCGCCGAGGACUGGACGAGGGAGAAGGGAGGGAAGAAGAUGCAGGUGGAGCUGGUGGCGGGAGACGGGUGGGAACAUGAGGAGAAGACGAAGCUGGCCGGUUGGUACGAGAGAGCUGGGUAUAAAAAUGUCAAGGAGAUGGAUUUGUCGGAGGGGAUUCCGGAACUAGGGCCGUUGUUGGCGAGGAAGGCUAAGUAUAGAGUUUACCACAAGGCUCUCUAAAAUCGAGCGGAAUGGAGCCAGGCAUGGAGUUGGGUGGAUGGACCAUGAAGCUGCCAUGAUAUGAAGGAGGGAAACGGGCGUGUGGGCUUUAUGCGACUGUACUUUUGUUCUUCACAUUCAUCAAAUCGUCCUUUGGUUCGUACAUUUACGUAUCAACAACGAUCGGUAUUCGCUCUCUCGCUUGCUCCCGGGCAAGCAAUUAGCAAACACCUCCAACCAGGUUCGGGUAUCUCAUCUACUCCAUCCCCUUUACUCCAAAUACUCUCCAAACCAAGCGACAGCCUGCGCAAACGCCUGCUCCCUCGCAAACUUCUCCGGCUUCUUGCUGAGAUCGGCGCGCAUGGCGAAGCCGUGGGAGACGCCAGAGUACAGGGUGACCUGGUAGGGCAGACCCGUCUCCUUGAGGAUCUCCUCGGACUUGUGGCGCAGCUCGGCAGGGAAGAUGGAGUCAGUCUCGGCGGCGGCAAUGGCCAAAGGGCCGGAGAUGGCGGCGAGCUCUUCCUCCUCGACGAAGGAGGGAUGGGCGACAAAGCCGACGUCGAUGCCGGUGUAGGGGGCGGUGGCCGUCAUGUUGCGGACAAGGGACUUUUGGGCAUGUCAGUGACUGUUGGCAACUGAAAGGCGAAAAGACCAGCGCUUCCAGUGGGGGGGCAGAAAAGAGAAAGGGACGGAGCUUACCUUGGCACCAAAGCAGUAUCCCAACGCUCCGAUCUUGGUCGCUCCAUACUGCUCCUUCAAAGCCUUGAUUCCGGCCUGCACAAUGGGAUCAACGAAGUCCUUGGUAUGCGGGUUAUCGCCGGUGCUGCCCUUGGUCAGCCAGCCCAUGAUGUCGAAGUCGUCGGGGCGGUUGAGCGGGAGCGGGUCGCCGUUGAGGAUGUCGAGAACCAUGGUAAGGUAGCCCUGGGCGGCCAGCUGGUCGGCCAUCAGCUUGGAGUUUUGCCAGAUGCCGAUGAUGUCGGGAAGGAAGAGGAGGGCUUUGCCGGUCUUCUGGGAGCCAGUGGGCUGGGCGAUGUAGGCGUCCCACUUGUCGGCGACCUUGGUCAUGGUGCCGGUUGGCUCGCCCCUGGAAGCAAGCAGGUGUCAGCGACCAGACAGUGGUGUAGGGAGGUUGGUUGUCAAACUUACUCAUGGCGGAAGCCCAUGACGCAGCACUUGGAGGGAGGGUUAGAGGCCAUUGUGAUGUCUGUUUGUGGUGUUUAGCGGAUUGGUGAUACCUGGUGAAAGGAGGGAAGGACUCGAAGAAAGGGGAAAGGAGUGGUUCAAAAAGGCAUCCGAGAGCGAUUUGUAAGCUUGACUACGGCGUCAUAAAUCCUGUCCGAUUUCCCACGCGUCAAUGCCGAGCCCACUUUUGACCCCAUUCCCAGUUCCCUUCGCCGUCGCACGCUCGUUAGCGCCGAAGAUCAUCAAAGCCCCCGCUGCGGAAACUUGCCGAACGCUCCGGGAGAGCGCCGAAUCGGAACCGCAUGCCGACGUGUUGACGGUGACAAUUGCUGUUGAUUCUGGAUUGUUCUGGUAUUUCCAAAACUAAUACACCUUGUACUUUUGACUUUAUUCCGACGACACAUGUAUUGGGAGAUGGCGGGGCAAUACACAUCAGGGCACUCAAUGCUGCCCCUGGUUUGGUUGUUAGAGGUACUGUAGCGCGGAGCACGCCCCACAUCCUUUGACUCGGGCAGCAGGAUCAGACACGUUCCCUUUAUCUACGCGCUCUGAUUACCUCUAGCUAAUGAUGCUUGAUUUCGGAGAGAGAAGGAGUUGACAGAAGAAAUUCAAAUACAAACACACAUGAAACCUCUCAAUUUUGGCCAGA